UUCACAAACAACAACUCUCUUUCUCUCCCUACUUGAGUGUUUUUUCAAACCCUAGAAAAAAAAAGUUUAAAAAAAUAACAAGUUGGACAUAAAUCUCUUUCUUAUCUUGUUGAUCUUUGUUCCAGCAUAUACACAAACCCUAUUCAAUUCCUACUAUUGUUUUUGAUCAUACUUAAAAGAUUCAAAUUAUACGUACGUACGUACUAUACGUAUAGAACGAUGGUGUCUGCUUCGGAGUUAAGUCUUGAAUGCAAACCCCAUAACCAUUCCAUGCUCUUGAAAACAAUUGGUCAUGAUCAACAACAAAUAAGUAACAACAAUAAUGGACAUGAUCCAACACAAAAGCUUGAAGAGUUCCUUUCUCGACUCGAAGAAGAAAGACUCAAGAUUGAUGCUUUCAAACGGGAACUUCCUCUUUGCAUGCAACUCCUCACAAAUGCCAUGGAGACAUCAAGACAACAAUUACAAACAUACCGUGUGAAUCAAGGUUCUCCGGUACUUGAAGAAUUCAUACCUAUGAAAAAUUCAAACGUAGAAGGCCCUGAUAAAGCAUCACUUUCAAACAUCGAUAACAAGGCGAAUUGGAUGACUUCUGUUCAACUAUGGAGCCAAGCUAGUUGUACCAUCGCCACCACAGCUGCCACCGAUAACAAUAUUCAUGCAAAAGCCAGGCAAAAUUCAACAAUAUUGACAACACCAAAUGAAACCGAUAUUAACUUCAACACCAAACAAAGAAAUGGUGGAGCAUUUCUUCCAUUCUCAAAAGAAAGGACCUCAUCAAGCCCAAAUCAGUCUCUAGGGUUGCCAGAAUUAGCACUUUCUUCCGGUGAAAAAGAUGUUGAUCAUGAAGAUAACAAGAGUUCUUUAAGGGAUAAUAAUUCUAUUAAAGCCAGUAUUAACGGUGAUGUUAGUGAUAAUCAAACAACCAUCACCACCACCACUGCCACCGGAUCCACCACGAGCUCUCAAACUCAUAGGAAAACAAGACGGUGCUGGUCCCCGGACCUCCACCGGAGAUUUGUUAAUGCUCUUCAAAUGCUAGGUGGCUCUCAAGUUGCAACUCCUAAACAAAUCAGAGAGCUCAUGAAAGUUGAUGGUUUGACCAAUGAUGAAGUCAAAAGUCAUUUACAGAAAUAUAGACUUCAUACAAGAAGACCGAGUCCAAGCCCACAAACUACCGGCAACUCAGCACCACAGUUGGUGGUUCUCGGUGGGAUAUGGGUCCCACCAGAAUAUGCCACGGCUACCGGAGCACAAACCCUUUACACCACACACCCCAACGGUGCUCAUACAAACCCACAUUACUGUACACCACAAGAAUAUUACUCUAGCGCCGUCUUGCCACCACCGCAGCCCCUUCACCACCACCACCACAACAAUGGCAAUGGAAAUGGAAAUGGAAAUAUACAUCACCAACUACACCACCAUAAUAAUCAUAUAUACAAGCCUUCUUCACAAACCACACAGAGCUUGCAAGAGUCCAAUGGAAGAGGUGGCACCACCACAACUGGCGGAAACCGGUCAGAGAGUAUUGAGGAUGGGAAGUCGGAGAGUGGCGGAAGUUGGAAGGCGGAGAGUGGUGGUGAAACAAAGGCAUUGAUGUUAAGGGAAGAAUGUGAAGAAAGCAAUGGGAGUGAGAUAACACUAAAAUUCUAGAGUUGAUUAUUACUUGUUUAACUAAUUAAUUAUUUAGUACUAGUUUGAUUGAUUAUAUUUAUAUAUGUUUCUAUAAGAUUAAUUAUUAUAAUUUUAGAUAUAGAAUGAAGGGGUAAAAAUGGCAUAAUGGCAACUGAAAGUUUGUUUGUUUUUCUUCUAAUCACAAUUUGUAUGUUUUUUU